GCAAUUUAUCAACGAGUGUUCAGAGUUUAAAAAUUGCUUCAAAUUGAUUGAAAAAUAUAUAGUCUCAAAAAUGCCUGAACUUAUGGUAACGGGAGGACGUAAACUCCAAGGCAGGAUCAAGAUUUCUGGAGCAAAAAAUGCCGUUCUGCCACAAAUGGCAGCGAGUUUACUGACGAGGGAAAAAGUCACUCUAACAAACGUGCCUGACAUUACUGAUGUUAGGGAUAUGAAAUCGACCUUAGAGGCGUACGGGGUAACAGUGAAAUGGGACAAACCUAAUAGUACUUUAGUACUACAAGCAGGUAUGUCGAACGUGUUAAGUUCAUGCGAAAGAGGGCAAGAUUUUUCAAAUAUUUUUUAGGCCAUUAUACAUGUACGCGGAGAUUUUCAGUUAAGAUUUAGAUUCGAACUAUACUGUAUAUUUAAAAGCGAGACGUUGAUAAUGAAGCGAUUAAUUCCAAUUCUUAGGAUUUUGUAAUGGAUUUUCGGGAUUGACUUGACUUGUUAAACAGAUUAACGACUUGUGACUUGACUUAAACGUACAGUCGUGUAAAUAUCUAGUGAAAAUUAUCUACAACUUAGCCAGAUUGGCAUAUCUCCCCCAUUCAUGGUAAAAAGAAGAAUUUGCGACUUGAAUUGCUACUCUUGGAGUGAAUGACUUGUGACUUGGACUCUAUUGCAAUAGUUAUGUGAACAAACCAUGCUUUCUAUACCAAAGUCGUACAUUCGUGACAUUUAUUAACUAAAUUGGUUUUUCUUCACAUGUAGGGAGCCCAACAUCUUCACUACCAGGAACCAAUGCAGGAGCCGAGAUUCGUGCUGCAUUUUUAGUUUUUGGUCCCCUGUUGGCCAGAACACGCAGGGUUGAAGUGUACAAGCCAGGGGGUUGUAAAAUUGGGAAGAAAGGCAGACCAGUUGACUAUCAUAUACAAGCGAUGAAGGAUAUGGGAGCCGAAUUGAUUAAAGAGAGUGCUGAAGUCGUCUCUAUGAGGGCAGACUCUGGUCUAAAACCUGCAACAAUCACGUUUAAGAACAGUUCUGUUGGUGCGACGGAAACUGCCAUAAUGGCUGCAAGCCUAGUGAAAGGUAUAGUUUAGAAGUGGUAGUAGAAAACAGACAAAGAAGUGAAUUGGUUGAUAUAUUGAAAACGUGUUAGCCGUUAAGGUCUAUAAACCAAAUAGGCAACCACUUUAGUAAUUAAAAUACUUACUAUGUAUACUCAUUGCAACCAAAUAACAAAUUAUCGAUCUUAUAUAAAGCAAACUAAUGUAUUGCCUGAGGUAUACUAUAUACCUGCCUAAGUGAUCAAUGAAUUGACUAUCAAAUAUUGCUAACACAGCAAAUGACUAUAAUUGACUUGUGAAGUACUCAAACACUCAAAGAAAUAACCGACUAAUUUAACUAACAAUACCUAAUUAUAGCACUUCUAAUUAACAAAUUAAUUAAUUAACUAAUUAAUUAAUUAACUAGGUGAGGUGACCAACCACGAUAUGUUAUCCACCUGACUGUCCGACAUGCAUGUUUCAGCACGAACUGAUAAGCUAGAACUAAAAAAGCAUAACUAUUACUUCUUAAGGUGAAACGGUGAUCCGAAAUGCGGCGAUUGAACCAGAAAUAUGUGACUUGGUUAAGAUGCUGGCAGAGAUGGGUGCACAAAUCACCAUUGAAAAAGAUGUGUUAAUCUCGGAAAAAAUUACUCCGUUUGGAAUAACAGAAAAGAUAGCGAAAUGGAAUGUGAUUAGAGUCCGUGGAUGCAAGUCUCUUGAAGGUGUCACUCAUCAGGUCAUGCCUGAUAGGAUUGAAUUUGGUACUUACGCCAUUGCUGCAGCUAUGACCAAUGGUAGGUACCAUGUUAUGGCUUUAAAGAAACACCUUUAUCAGUUUUAAACAAAUCUCAUACAAAGUCCAGGAAGGGUCAGGGACGCCGGAACGAUGUAAAGGCAAGGGGGGCAGAUUUUCGUGAAAGGGCACUUUUGAAUUGAUAUCUGACUAAGAGAUGCUGCAAAAUAUCGGGAGUUGAACUUCGCCUAAUCAUGUUUUCUAUUUAUUGGAUGAUAGGGGUGCGAGGGGGUUCUCCGCCAGGCGAUUAUGCUAUUCUUGAAGCUCGAUGACUGCAUUUCUUGCGUUUUCUGAAGCAAAUUCGUAAAAGAAUCACAUGCACUAACAUUUCUGACAAUUCGUUAUUCCGCCAAGGCAAUCCUUUAAAUUGAAAGGGCACCUUUGCCCCCUGCUCCUCCAGGUAAAGGGCAACGGGGGCGGCUGCCCCUCCGGCGUCCCUGGGAAGGGUCAUCCUUAGUUAGUCCCGUGUUAGUACAUGAAGAACUUGGAGUACUCGACAGUGUGGUAAAAAUUACCAAAAAAUAGAGUAACAAUUUAAAUUACUUCUCAAAAAAGGUAAUUAUUAUAAAUUACAAAUUACCCCCUUCAAAAGUAAUUAAUUACGAAUGACGUGAAAGACACAUGCUGUUACUGGGCAACCAAAACCGCAAUAUUUGAGCGCACUAUACGUCCUUUUUAGCGCCCUUUCCUAUAAAUUAUCGCAUUCUCCAACAGCCUUUCAAACUAUUAAUUUCAACGUACGAAUUUAGGUAAAGUUGAAUUUGAAGUUCCAGAAGACAUGAAAGAAGACAUGUUGAAGGCGAUAUGCCAGCCGCUUGAUGCCGCUGGAGUUAAAAUAGAUCGCUACAGCCAAUAUGGCCUAAUUGUAAUCUCACUAAAGAAUGGCACCAUUACACCGGUUGAUAUCAAAACAGGUCCUUAUCCUGGUUUUCCCACUGACCUUCUACCACAAUGGGUGGCAUUCAUGACCCAAGCACAAGCCACAAUGACAAAAGAGUACGCAAUCAUACAUGAUAAAAUCUAUGAUGGUCGUUUCAACUAUGUGGAUGGUUUGAAGAAAAUGGGAGCCGUAAUUGAGAAAGUCAAUGAAAGGGAGUAUGGAGUGAAAGCAGGUACAAUAAAGAUUAUUACAGUAAUAAUAGUACUAGAAUAUGUGAGGGGCAAAGGAGAUAUUAAUUACCCCUGUCAGAUUUUGUGAUGAAAUUGAAUCAUGGAGAUUCUAAGCCCGUUUUACAUAUAGUAAGCUCUCUAUAUAUAUAUAUAUAUUUGAAGCAAGAACUUCAGUCAUUCGGCCUAUAAGAAAAGCGAAGCCAAAAUUGUGGAAUUGCUGUCCAAUACAUAUGAAUGUUGUAAACAGGUUUAAUACAACCCCCCCCCCCCAGCUAUUCCAUUUUUUUUCUAAUUGCUAAUCAAGUAUUCAAAUUAUCAGUUCAUAAAACCGUUAUAUUACUCCUUAAAUCGUAGUCAAAAUACGAAAUUUCGGUACACUAGUAAAACAAUAGAAAGAGACUGUCUAAAACUGACGUCAAGUAGCUCCAUCUUCGGCUUUACGUUUUGAACUCGAGGUACAAAUCCUGGAAAAAACAUCAAAUUCAACCAAAAUUUGAUAUGCUUACCCAUGACAAACUAGCCUGCUCGCAGGCUAAUGACAAGCGUACAGUAUGGACUUAUCUUACUGACAAAGAAAUACAAAAGCAAACCUAGCUAUGGGUGAAAACUUACUGCCUAGUGCUUCCUGGCCAAAGUACUAAAGUAAUAUGGAUUAGUUACAACUAUAUAAGUCCUACAAGCUUAAGUUUAAAAUAAUGCAUGUUAUUUAUGACAGGUUCAAAGCUGAACGGGACUCGUGUUGAGGCUACAGAUCUCCGGGGCGGAGCGGCCUUAGUCCUUGCUGGUCUGGUUGCCCAAGGCUCAACAGUGGUACGAAAAUUUGAAUUAAUCCAGCGUGGUUAUCAAGACAUGGUGGGAAAAUUGAAUAAAUGUGGUGCCAAUUUGAAGAUCCUUAAAGAAACCCGUCCUGGUUUUCAUGGUGGACCAGGCCAUUUCUAACUUUCGUUAAUUGUUACACUUAAUUAAUAAUUGUUUACACUUCUAUUUCUAACUUUUGUUAUUUGUUAAUCAGUUUCAUUUAAGACAUUUGUCACAUUUAGCUUAGCAAUUUUAUCACGAAGGCCUUUCUAACUUUCAAUGAUCUGCCUAUUAUUAAACUUGUUCUUUGUUGUCUGCUAUUAGUCGGAGGCAUUAAUUUAGAUCUUAGCACUUUUAUCGUUUUCAGUCUAUCUUUAAUGUAAACGUUGUUGUAGUUUUCAAGCAUUAAAAUCUUCAUUAUUCAUCACAUCUGACUCGAUCGUUCUCAGUCCAGUGUUGAAUGAUGGGUUCACCAAAGGUUAGAGCAUUCCCAUUUGCCCAGUUGCGAGGCCAGGGGAAAGGAAUUGGCUUGCAGCAGAACAGCUUGGCGGAAGGGGUGUAUAGGGGGCAAAUGUUCCAAAAAAACUGCCGUUCAACAGCCUUCCAAACCUUGCCGAACAUUAAGAAUACAAUUGAUAGCCAUCUAGAGACCACAGAACGAUAAAAAAAUUAGAAACCGUAGAGGAUUUGGUUAAAAUAACCAAUUUGAAUUGGUCGUCUCAGAUGCACUUAUUUGACCAAUAUUUGUUUGGUUGAAACAACCAAAAAAUGGGUUCUUUUCAUCAAUUUCUCGGUUGUUUUGACCAAAUAAUAUUGGUUAAAAGAAAAUGCUCUAUGAGACAACCAAUUCAAAUUGGUUAUUUCAACCAAUACGUUUCAGUUGCAGUGUAGCGUGGUAUUAGACAAACUGCAUGGCAGGGAAAUAUCAGGCACGAUUUGUUUCUGCAACGUACAAUUGUCGAUAUAAUCGUGUAAAAUCAGUGACAAAAUUCGUGGACCAGUUAGGCUGAAAGAGUAACAUAAACAGUGGCGUAACUACUAUGGGCUCAGACCGGGAGAACCCGGGGGCCCCCAACCUAAAUGGGGGCCCCCAGGCUUAGGCGA